AUGGCUGAGGUGAUUGCAAAAAAUAUUGAUAAUGCUUGUGAAACAGCAGAAGAGUUUACAAAAAUAUUUUACAAGCAAGUUGACAACAAUAGACAUCUAAGUUCUAAACUUUACCUCGAUACUGGUUUGUUGGUAUGGAAUGGGAAUGGAAUCAAUGGCAGUGACAAGAUUCAGAAAUUUUUAAUGGAUUUACCUGCCAGUAAUCAUGUAUUGAAAACAUUGGACGCACAGCCGAUAUCGGAAAAUUUAGUAUCCAACAAAUUGUCAUAUCUUAUUCAAGCAUGUGGAGAUGUAAGCUACCAGAAUGACGAUACGAAGAAACCCUUUCAACAAACUUUUGUGAUUGUAGCUGUCGACGGUAAAUGGAAGAUUGCAUCAGAUUGUUUUAGAUUACAAGUCCCAUAUAGUUAG